AUGCCGCUUGACAAGUCACUCAAAGAUCAACAGCCACCGGCUACGUCGACUGAGACGGGAUCUCGAGAAACCGCUCCUCCAACCACCUCUCUGUUUGAAGGAACCGAACACGCCGGGACGGAAGUUGCUGGCUCAGACAAGACUGAGCAUGCAAAUUCCGGACAGUCCAGCUACCGUGUAUUUAACCGUGCUUACCCUCUCAACCCGCCACCAAAAGAGGAAAAAUCAUUCACGGAUGAUCUCGCGGAGGAAGUGUUGCCCAAUCUGGGUUUUACAAAACUCGAGGACCCACCUGCAGUCUUGAGUACGGACGUGGGGCUCUACGGUCAGGACCAAUCGCUCGUAUCCAGGAACGGUGCUCCGAGACGAUACGGCACAUCCACAUACUGGUGCUCUGGAUACGACGAAUGUGAAGAUAGUAGCCUCAUGUUCAUUCUAGUUGCUCGGCACGAAGAGGUAAUUGCUCAUCCAAGCAAGUCCGGGCCACAGCUACACGUGUAUUUCUCGAGGCGGCAUCUCAACAGUAUCGAAGAUUAUGCGGAUCAGGUAGCCCGGUUGGGUGUCUUGAGAAAGGAGAUUCUCGAUGAGUAUAAGAGUCAGGCUGCAUCCCAGAAUGAAGUCUCUAGCCCGUCUUGCACUUGA